UUUGAGGGAAUAAAAAAAAUAGGCUUAUUGGGUUGUUAUUGGGCUUUAUAAGUUUCUCUUCAAUUAAGCCCAAAGCUAAGCUUUCGACAAUCCUCCACCACGCCGGAGUUCAAUUCAUUUACUUCACCGCCGUGAGUUCCUUCUCCCCCGAUCUGCACCGCCUCGCGUGUCGAUUAAUCUCCUCUCUUCCAGGUAAAACAGAUUGUGUCGGGAUGUCUUCAGCGCAAGAUCCAUUCUACAUUGUUAAGGAGGAGAUCCAAGAUUCUAUUGAUAAGUUGCAAUCUACAUUCCACAAAUGGGAGCGUGUCUCUCCUGGAAUGGGUGAUCAAGUCCACGUCACCAAGGAGCUUCUUGCUAAUUGUGGAAGCAUUGAGUGGCAGGUAGAUGAGCUGGAAAAAGCGGUGGCCGUUGCAGCAAAAGAUCCUGCCUUGUAUGGCAUUGAUGAUGCUGAGCUUGAAAGACGGAGGAGAUGGACUAGUAAUGCUAGGACACAGGUGCGGAAUGUGAAGACUGGUGUUCUAGCUGGUAAAGGUAGCGCUGGAGCUGGUAAUGCAAGUGAAGUGCGCCGAGAGCUGAUGAGAAUGCCAAACUCGAAUGAAGCAAGUAGAUACGAUCAGUAUGGGGGAAGAGAUGAUGAUGGAUUUGUACAGUCAGAAUCAGAUAGGCAAAUGCUGUUGAUAAAGCAACAAGACGAAGAGCUGGACGAGCUGAGUAAAAGUGUAGAGAGGAUUGGAGGAGUGGGACUUACUAUACACGAUGAACUCGUUGCACAGGAGAGGAUAAUAGAUGAACUGGGAACGGAGAUGGACAGUACAAAGAACAGGCUAGAGUUUGUACAGAAAAAAGUGGGAAUGGUGAUGAAGAAAGCAGGAGCGAAAGGGCAGAUGAUGAUGAUAUGUUUCUUGCUCGUCUUGUUCAUCAUCCUUUUCGUUCUCGUCUUCUUGACCUAAACACCGCAGCAGAAUAGUUUUUUUUUAUAUGUUACUUCUUGUUAUGAUGUUUGUGGUGAAACAAAGAAAAAGUACAUUAAAAAUAAUUGUUUGAUUUUUCUUAUCUGGUAAAUUAUUUGAGAUUGAAGUCUA